CCCGCCCUGUCCCCCGCCGUGUCCCCCUGGUCCCCCUGGUCGCGCUGCUCCCGCAGCUGCGGCGGCGGCACCCGGAGGCGGCAGCGGCAGUGCCGGGAGGGCCCCGCGGCGGGGCCGCGCUGCGGGGACAGCCCCGGGGAGGAGACGGCGGCGUGUAACCCCCAGGCGUGCCCCGUGCCGUUCCCGGUGGCCCCAAGCUGCCCCCCGGGCGAGGUGUGGCUGGAGCCCGGCCCCGCCUGCGAGCGCAGCUGCCAGGACCUGGCCGAGCCCCCCGGGACCUGCGGGGGGACCCCCGGAACCUCCGGGACCCCCGUGACUCCGGGCAGCUCCAGCACCCCCGGGAUGCCCGCGGCCCCCACGACCCCCGGCGCUGUCGGGACCCCCUCGCCCCCCCCGCGCUGCGCCUGCGCCCCCGGCCGGUACCGGAACGGCUCCGGGCACUGCGUGAGCGCGGGGGGCUGCGGCUGCCGGCACCGCGGGGCGCUGCGAGCGGCCGGCAGCGAGUGGCAGGAGCCGUGCGGGACCUGUCGCUGCUCCGAGGGACGCGUCACCUGCGCCACCUCCUGCCCCGCGCUCACCUGCCCGGAGGGCUCGGAGCCGGUGCGGGAGCCCGGGAGCUGCUGCCCCGUGUGCCGGGACGAGUGGCCAGGUGAGACCCCCGCACCCGGGGCCCCGGGGAGGGGCGGCCCCGGCAGCCCCCCGGUGACGCCGUGUCCGUCCCCCCCCGGUGCAGAGGAGCCCCCCGGGCCGUGCCGGCUCCUCACGGCGCUCCGGACCAUCGCCAAGGGCGCGUGUGUCCUGCGGGGCGUCCGUGUCACCUACUGCGCGGGGGCGUGCCGCUCCCGCACCGCCGUCAGCGCCCAGGAGCCGUUCGUGCGGUCGCUGUGCGAGUGCUGCAGUUACCGGCUGGAUCCCGCCCGGCCCGUGCGGGCGCUGCUCCUGCCGUGCCCCCGCGGCCGCCCCCGGCCCGCGCUGCUGCCCCGCAUCGCCGAGUGCCGCUGCGAGCCCUGCCGGGGUGCGGGCCCGGGGGAGCGGCAGCUGCGGGAGCUGAUCCGCGGCGCGGGCAGCGCGCAGGAGCUGCUGCAGCUGAGCGGCGCCGCCGGCAGCAGCAACCUGGCGGCGCUGGCCAUCGCCCGGCUGGCGCGGCUCGGCACCGAGCACGGCCUGGACACGCGCAGCCUGCACCGGGACCCCCGCUUCCUGCGGCUCCUGGGCACGCUGGACGGGCAGAUGUCCCAGGUGUGGAACACGGCGCUGCUGCAGCUGCUGCGCAGCCUGCCGGCGCUGGGGCUGCCGCGGGGCGGGCGCCAGGCGCGCUCGGUGGAGCAGGAGGUGCUGUGGCGGCUGCGGCGCCUGCCCCUGCGGCAGCUGGUGCAGCUGGCCGAGCAGCUGGCGGCGCGGGGCCCCGAGGGGCCGCUGCUGCCCGAGGUGCUGCGCAAGCUGGAGCUGCGCUGGACCGAGCUGGACGCGCCCCGCGCCGUGGUGACGCUCAUGGCCAAGGUGGGACACCUGUCCCCCGCCCUGAUGGAGCGCCUGGAGGACAAGGCUCUGGAGCUGGCAGAGCACUUUGACCCUGACGAGCUGCGCCGCGUGGCGCUGGCGCUGGCGCUGCAGCAGCGCCGCAGCGUGCCCCUGCUGCGGGCCCUGUCCUACCACCUGCUGCAGAAACCUGCUGAGCUGCCCCUGCCCGUGCUCAGCGACCUGCUCUUCGCCUUCAGCAAGCUGAGCUUCCAGCAGCCGCAGGUGCUGCACCGCCUGGCCCUGGAGCUGCAGCCUCACGUGGGCAGCCUGAGCCCGGCGCAGGUGCUGCGCUGUGCCCGCUCCUUCGCCAGCCUGCGCUGGCUCAGCCGGCCCCUCGCCGAGGCCAUCGCUCAGCACUGCCUGGAUAACACGCAGAGCCUGUCCCUCACCCAGCUCUGCGGGGUCCUCGUGUCCUUCGCCCGCCUCAACUUCCAGCCCAGCUCCGGCGAGGAGUUCUUCUCCAUGAUCCACGAGCGGCUGCAGGGGCAGGAGCAGCAGCUGGAAGCGCACCUGCUGACGGACGUGGUGUGGUCCCUGUGCGUCCUGCGGCGGCCCCCGGCCCCCCACCUGCGCCAGGUGCUGCGCCCCGACUUCCAGGCGCGGCUGCGAGGUGACAGCUCCCCGCGGGCGCGGAGCUCGUGGCUGAAGCUGCUGCACAUCAACGCCACGGCCAGGCUGGAGACCCCGGGCUACGAGGGGCCCUUCCUGCCCCCCGAGCUGCUGGGGGGGCGCGGGGACAGGGACAAGGACAAGGACAAGGCCACCCCCCUGCAGCGGGGGCUGCGGGAGGCGCUGCCGGGGGCGCUGGGGGGCGACGAGCUCGUCCGGUACAACGUGAGCACAGUGUACGGCUGGGACAUCGAUGCCGAGGCGGUGCUGGACAGUGACAACAACCCUCUGCCCGUGAGGGACUUCACUGCCCCCCACUUGUCCCACUCCGAGGGGACAAAGCCACUGCCACCGGGGGCCAGGAGGGUGGCCGUGCUGCGCUGGGAGCUGCCGCAGUUCAGCUCGCGGGGCCGGGAGCUGCUGGGCCGGGGCUCGCUGGCCCGCCGGCACCUGAGAGCGGCGGGCUUCCUGCUGGCCGAGGUGCCCCACUACGAGUUCCUGGAGCUGAAGCUGGAGCGGCAGCGCGUGGCCUACCUGAAGGACAAGGUGGCCAAGGCCCUGGCUGGUGACACGGCUGGUGACACGGCCGGUGACACGGCCACCUAACCCGCCUGUGUGGCCUCCUCACCUCGUCAGCGGCCACAGCCCCGUGCCAGCGUGAGCGUGUCACCGUGCAGAGGUGGCCCAGCGGCUGAGCCCCGGUGGCAGCGUCACCAGGCCACCGUGCCCACAGCGGUGUCCCCGUGUGACCGCUGCUCCCUGUCACCAACGGCUCAAAUAAACCCACAACUGUACAGGGA